AUGAUAUCACGAACCUCAACAGCUGCAUGGUGGACUACAAAUAGCCGGUCUGUCUACGAGUUAAAUCGUAUCUACGCACACCCCUUGGUGGUGGGAGUAUUCAGAGUGACAGCUACUUGGGUUGGAGGAGACUUUAUCAUUGGGAUUGCAGAGUCGGUGUAUGACCCCUCUAAAGGUCUAAUCUGGGCUCUUGUUCCUCUGCAGGUCUCUAUUUCCUUUGUUAUUGGUGGAUUGUUCUUUGCAAAGCCAAUGAGGGAGAAUAAUUACAUCAGCAUGAUGGAUCCAUUUCAGAGAAAGUAUGGAAAAGCACUGACUGUGGUUUUUACCAUUGUUCCUGUCGUAGCUGAAAUCAUCUGGAUUCCUGGAUUACUGAUUUCUUUGGGGGUGACCAUGAGCGUCAUCUUGGAGCUGCCAUUCAGUGUUUGUGUCUGGAUCUCUGCUGCAGUGGCCAUCAUCUACACUGUUCUUGGAGGUCUCUAUUCAGUCGCUUACACUCAUGUCAUCCAGCUAUCACUGGUGCUUAUUAGCUUGUGGCUGUGUGUCCCUUUUGUUUUUGCAAGUGGUGUUUAUACUGACAUCACUAAAACAGCAUUCAACCACACACAUCAGGCCUCCUGGCUUGGCCAUCUUCAAUCUGAUGAGCUCUGGAUAUGGAUUGAUAAUUUCCUAGUGAUGACUGUGGGCAACUUGGCCGUUCAGGAUUUUCAUCAAAGGACUCUCUCCUCCAGCUCCGCGUCUACAGCCAGAGUCAUCUGUUUCAUGGCAGCAGGUGGAGUCAUCAUUGCCGCGGUUGCCGCUUCAACAGACUGGAACUCCACCUCAUAUGGCUCUCCCUCUCUGUAUGAACGAGGGGAGGCGGCUAUGGCAUUUCCCAUCACCCUUCAGCAUUUUACCCCGACCUACAUUUCUGCUUUUGGCAUGGGAGCUGUUGCUGCUGCGGUGAUGUCGUCCGCUGACUCUUUCCUUUUGUCCGCGACCACCAUCUUCACCGCCAACAUCUACCAGAUCAUCAGGAGUCAGGCAUCAGAUAGAGAGCUGCAGUGGGUGAUUCGUCUCUCCAUAGUGGUUGCAAGGCUUGUGGGAACAUCCCUCACCUAUCUGGAAGGUGGCAUCUUGGUGUCCUGGAUCCUGGGCUCAGACCUGACUUACACUAUUAUAUUCCCCCAACUCAUCUGCGCCAAGGUAUCCAACGGCUAUGGUGCAAUCGCAGGCUACCAUGUCUUCCUUUGCGGUUUCACUCUUGUUUAACAAGGGGAUCCUUCCUGAGAGGUGGGACGUGUUCAAGAUGAAAUUCCAGGAAGCACCGAUGCCGGCAGAGAGGGCGGUAGUUAUGAGACUGAUGUGUUGACGUGAAACAUUUGCAUCUGAAUCAAUGCUGGAUACAAAUUGUUUAAAAGUUUUAAUUUCAGAUGUCUC